AUGACAAAUGUAAAUGUAAAAGAAAUGACCGAACAAGAAAGAAAAGACUUUUAUUUCUGGCAAGGUAGAAUUGUUUUUCUUUCUGGAUUUCCACUUAAAUACUCAGCAUCAGAUAUUCUAUUGAUUGCAAGUCAAUUUGGCCGCUGUUUUAGAGUAGAUUUAGUAAAAGAUGAUAACAAAAAUCUUAGAGGAUUCGGUUUUAUAGAAUAUGAGACAAAAGAAGCGGCUCAAAAUGCAUGCGAGCAACUUGACACAGCAACCCUGUCCAAUAGGCAACUUCGAUGCGAAAUUGCAGAUUUUCCACCAAAUGAUUUAAUUGAUAUAUAUAAAAGAUCUGCAAUUUUACGUGAAAAAAUUGAUCUGGGUUUAAUCAAAAACUUUCAUAAAUCAAAGCACUCAAAAUCAAAAUACUCUGAUAGCUCAUCUUAUAGCUAUGAUUAUUCUGAUUAUAGCGAUUAUUCAUCCAGCGAAGAAUCUUAUUAUUCGGAUUAUAGUGCCAGUAGUGAAUCAAGUUAUAGCUACGACUAUUCCCCAUCGUAUUAUUCCUCAAGGAACAGUCUAAAGUCAGAAUAUUCAUCAGAUGAAAUUGAAAACCAAGAAAAAUCAGAGAAAUCAGACCCAAGCGAAACAGAAGACGAUAAAUCAAAGACACAAAACUCAAAUACAUCUCAGCACAAUCAAGUUGAAAGCUCCACUUCAAAAAUACCAAAGAAUAAUAAAAAAGGCAGCAGAAAUCAUUCAAGAAAUUAUUCUGAUAAUAAUGAUUCGACUAAUUACAGCCAAAGUUAUUCUUAUUACUCAGAUUAUUCUUGUUAUACCUAUUCAAGUGAAACCAAUUGA